UUUUGCACGUAAAGGCCUCUCUUUUAUUAAUAUCAUUUCCUCCCUCUUAACACGCCACCCGACCCAAUAUCUUUUUUGGGAAUAAUGAAAGAGGAAGAAUCCUGACACACUCCUGCACACACCCUCUCUUGGUCACCUGAGGGUUGUGACCCCGCGUGUCGACAUUUACUGUAUCUGCAAGGGCCUGCCUGUCUUAAAGUCUGUUUAAGGAUGUUUUUAAAUGGCUAUUAUUAAGUCUUAUUGGUGGAAUGCUUUUUUUUUUUUUCUUCAUAAAAGGGAGUUCAGAUUUUUUGUGUGUGUUUUCUCUUAUGGCUAUUAUUAAUAUUACUAUAACUAGGAGUGUUUUCAGUCUUUCUGAAGCGUAUACUUUUUGUCUUUUAAUUUCUCCAACCAGAUUGUAAAAGGAUUUAUUUUGUUUUACAGAGAUUGCCGAGGAUAUGAGUUAUUGAGAGUUACAGUCUGUAUUCUGUGGUAUUAUUAAUUGAUUAACAAAAACAGAAUUAUAUAAAUGGAAUUAAAUAAAAUUUCAACAUGCUGUUAACCCUGUUUUGUGACCCUUUUUUCCCCCCUUGUUUUGUCUUUUCAAUACUCCUGGAGGUUGUUGUUCAGCAAAGGAACCAGGAGGGGGCAGUAAACAUACAGAACGUAAAGUUUGCAUCCUCUCCCUGUUGAUCCUUUAGGGUGGAUUAAUAAAUUUGUUGUUGGAUAAAAAAUUUUCCCCACAUGCUUCAAAUACAAGACCAUGACAAAGUAUUUGCUCUUUAACAGAUUUAUUCUGAUUUAGCUUUUCAGUCGCACUCAAAACAGAGUUUAUAAUUAGACAAGGAUGAGCUAUCUGUGCCAAAUGCACAAUUUAAAUCAACUAUAAUUAAUCAUAUCUUUUAAAGGUGUGACAUGUUUUCUAGGCACAGUACAAUCGAAUUACUAUGUUGCCUUCAGUUAUAAAAAUGCUGCAUUCAUUAAACAUAUCUUAAAAGAAAUUUGACUUCGUAAUUGGACAACAACCGUUCUUAAGAGUGUUGGGCUGAGAAACAUAGUCAUAUGAUCAAAUAACCUGAUAUAAACAUCCCCUUUUUCAAAAUUUCUAUUUCAGCAGCCUCACCCAGAAUUACUGUCAGAUGCGUGAAUCAAAGCUCACUUAAAUGGAGCCUGUCUGACAACCUGAAGUAGGAUAAAAGGCCUUAAAACGCAGCACAUCAUGGUCCAAUCAACGGGGCAUGGUGUAGUGUCCUGGGUCACAAAAGUGUUGCGCUCGUCUUCCUUACUGCACAACCCCAGGAUCUUUUAUUCCAGAGGAUAUGUCAGAGUACAUUCGUUCACCCACCUUUAAGGAAUAAUGAGAUUAUUAGCUUUAUAAAAGAAGAUUUAAUGCCACAUAAUGGAAAAUACAACCAUAAAUUGGAACAGAAAUACAGAGUAGCUGUCCAGCACUGGGGCAUCAGUCAGCAUAUCUCAGUGUUGACACAGAGAGAUACAGCUCUGGAUUUAUCUACUUCAUAAACUACACUCGCUGUAAGGGCCCUUAUCCUUGUAUAAACUUAUUUGUGUUGCCUAACCGGUUACAGAUAUGCAAGCGGUGGGAGUGUGCCUGCAUGCAAGUGAGAUAAAAUGACUCAAAAAGGGAUGAAAAGGAUUUCAGAUGAAGUUGUAUCCAGAUAGUUUCAGCUGAGAGUACAAACAGUUUCACCUCACAAGGAGAUAAUGAACCGUACGCUCCAAGUUACUGAAUAUUUAAUCCGUGUACACUGUUACGAAAAUAACAUGUUCACUUUCUCUUUGUUCUGUGUGGUCUGUGUACUGAGUUAUUGUGCAGGAGCCAAAUCUCUCCAAGCUGAAAAUUAAAAGAAAUACCUCAAGAGCUACAGAGCUUACCAAAUGUGUCCAAGUCUUCUUUUUGUAGUUUUUCUGACCGAAUGGCUUUCUUUGCCCAUCUAGAUUGUGGUAAAGCACAUCCUAAAUUAUUAUUAAAUGUUUUAAAUAUAUAUUUAGACACGCCCGAACAUAUCGGAUCCGUCUCAGGUUUCUCCGUAAAUCCUCCCUCGGUGGUGAACUCUGAGUCGUGAGAAUGCUCAUUUUCCCUGGAACUUACCUUACCUGCUUUUCUGAUUAUUUUGCGGCAUGUCUCAGCAAGACUGCUCCCACUCAGACAUUCCUCAAGUGCAAAAGCUACAGCCUGUGCUCGCCUUAAAAUCUUAAAAUAAAAACAAGAGUUAAAAAAAUUAACAACCAAAUGUCAAAAGCAUGACUCUGCGAAUGCAAGACAAUGCGGGAUAUUCAGGUCGUCCUGCUGUGAAUGACUUCAUCCUGUUCUGGCUGCAGCUUCUCGCAGCACUCUGUAGCUGUUGCACCUCUGCAUUGUUUGUUGCAUUGAAGCCGAACAAUAUGCCGCAUCCUGCUGACUCUGUAGUUGACAUAGAGAGAGUUUUCAGCGAUGCCAACAUGCACAUUUUGGAGCUCGCACCUCCUCCUGCCGCCUGCCCUGUAGACGAAUGCAAGUCCUGCUCUCACGGAGAGGAAUGUUACUAAAUUUAUGAGAUCCUACAGUGAAUAUUCCAAGCAGCAAUGCGGGAUGAGGUCAUUUUGAGGUAGAUUUGAUAGGGUUACAGCUGCAGUGUGAAGCAGAACAAAAGAAAACCUGCAAAGGUGCUUGAAAAUGUGCCUCAGAAAGGUAUGACACACGACGCCCUUCCCUCCCCAACUGAACAGAGCAACUUGACAGAGGGACAAGUGCAGCCACUGUCAAGAGGAGACGCCAGUGGAUUACGAGCUGGUGCUUUAUUAACUCACGCUUACAGCUCUGGUUCAAGCAGUCUUUAUCAGAAAUCAGGGCACACUUUGACCUUGGAGUGAAGGUGGAGCACAUUUUUUUCUGGCUCAUCAGUCCAGUUUUUUACUCCCAUUUCUCCUGAAGCAGCUGCAAAAUAGCAGGUAGUCUGAUGAUGGUGUAAUUGUCAGUCGGUACAAAAGAAAGACCCUUUCUAGACGUUGUAGGAGGAAACGUGAGUGAGAACUUUCGGAGACUCACUGGAUCUGCGUGAGGGAAAAGGAUGAGCGUGUUUCUGUGCUCCGUCCUCCCUCUGUUGGGACUAUACACGCUGAUCUCACGGUAUCUGCUGAAGAACCCACACCACCUCCACCGGAAGAAGAAAACGGCUUUCUACUGCACUCAAAUUUCACACCGAGGAGGAUCGGGAGAGAAGAUAGAAAAUACGAUGGAGGCGUUCACAAAUGCGAUAGAAAACGGCUCACAGAUGCUGGAGAUGGACUGCCACCUGACAAAGGAUGGACACGUGGUGGUUUCUCACGACGAGAACCUGAAGAGGCAGACCGGCGUGGACAAAGACAUCUCCUCGCUCAAUCUGGAGGAUUUGCCUCCGUAUAAGGAAAGGCUGGAGGUGACAUUCAAUGCAGGCCACGAGAACAAAAGUGGUACAGACAGGAAGAUUGCUCUACUAGAAGACGUGUUCAGGAAGUUCCCAAAGAUCCCUGUCAGCAUCGAGAUCAAGGAGGACAACCCACAGCUGAUGCGAGAGGUGUCAACCCUGGCUAGACGCUACGACAGGGAGGACAUCACUUUGUGGGCUUCCGAGGAUGCCGAAAUCCUGAACAAGUGUCGCAGUAUCAACGGCGCUAUGCCCUACAGUUUCUCCAAAAAACGCGGCAUCCUGCUUCUUCUUCUCUAUUACACGGGCCUGCUGCCCUUUGUACCUGUGGGAGAGAGCAUACUGCAGUUCUACCUGCCACGCAUCAUUAACAGGACCUACAAACCCGAAAACACCAAAGUCCUGAAGAAAAGCUGGGUUGUUUCUUUAAUAGAUAAAACAACAAUGAGAAAAAACCUUUUCAAGCACCUUGCAGACCGUGGGAUACAGGUGCAUUUAUUUGUUUGCAAUAAAAAUGAGGACAUCAAGGCGGCGUUUGACCUGGGAGCCACAGGAGUCAUGACUGAUUAUCCUACUCUGCUCUCUACCUACGUCAGAACACACGAGAGUGGACGACCCCAACAGCAGCAGCACUCAAUAAGAAGUGCUCUUAGGCGCAGAAACAGAAAGACUAGAGCAGACAUUGCAAGACCAAGGGGCGAAUCCACGCGUGCAAACUGAACAAGAUUAGUUUGCUGCCAAACACUGAGCUGACAGGACAAGGGUUUAAUUCACGUAGAACGACCAAUCACUGCCGACGGUGUGAUCAUGUCUGCUGUGUGCAUACAGUCGGGUCGGUAUGUAAAGAAACAUUUGAUGAGCUUUGUCAGCAGUGAAUGUUUAACUAGCCACAGCCCGUCACCUGACAACCCAUGAUAAGAGACUAAACAAAUAUGACUUUGUUUUGACUGGCUACUUUCUGACAUUAUUGAUUGGUUUAGGUGAAAAAAAAAAAGGGGGGGGGGGGGCAAAGAAAUUGUGCUUUAGACUGCCUCAUAAAAGUGUUCAUACUCCAGGAACCACAAUGUGUUUGGGGGGGAUUUUAUUUGGUCACAGGUUCUCAACUGGAUUUAAGUCUCGACUUUGACCAUUCUUGAAUGAAAAGAAGUCAUCUGGAAAAGUAUUUGUACAAAACCUACUCAAGUACCGAGUAGCUGCUCAUGAGAUCUGAUUUUAUUUGUACAAAAUGAUUCAAUCAGAGAGAUGAUUGCCUAACCCUGGUCUGAGCGUCUGCACAGCUUUCUUCCUGACCUGCCAGCUGUGCUGCUUGGUUUUCAUCAGGAUAUUUGCUCACUAAUGUUCUCUAGCAAACCUCUGAUGCUGCCACAGGGUUUAUACUGAAUUUGAGUUACACACAGGUGAACUAUAUUCACUAAUUACAUAUCGGGUUAAAGAGAGAUAAAUAAUGCACAUCACACUUUUCAGACUAUUGUUUACCAGAAAUGAUGAGGACAGUAUAUUUGUUUCCUUUAACUUCACAAAUGUGAAACUGUUCAAGAGGGUUGAAUACUUUUUAAGGAACCGGACACGUGCAGGCACACACACUCAAGGUGCUCUUAUCAUGAGGCUAAACAUCUGUGUUUUGUCAAUUUAUGUUACCUAAUGCUUACCAUGUGCAAUGGAUCUCACUCACGCCUCUGUUUUCCUAGGCAGCUGUGACCAAAGUCCGGCCACACUGCAACAAUGACAAUCAAUCAGUCUGUUGAUGAAACCAAGGUUGGACUUUUCUGAACCAGUUCCAUGUGCUGAUUAGUGUGACAUUAGUUAAAAAAGAUAUGAAGCUAUAAAUCUAGCUUUUUGUCGCACUGAUUCAAAUGGGAGCAAGUUUGAACCAGAGAAUAUGUCUAUGAAAUUAUGUCAUUUGUAAAAUCUUUUGGAAUCAAGUGUUGUGGUAAAUGCUAUUCUAAAUAAUUUGUUUGUCAUGUCACGUGUCCAGCCCUUUAAUUGGAGGUCAGCUGAUCAACAGAAACUGUAUGAAGUGCCAAAACCUGGUUGUAGAAAUGUUUGACUCAAUAAGGAGUUCAUCAGUGAAAUAUAAUCAUUUGUUUGAGAGAAUAAAGCAAUGAAUAUGCUUGUAAAGCAAGCAUAUUGUAACAGAUUGUCUAUAAAAAGUAAACUCCUUGGUAGAUUUUGGGAAGGGCUUUUCAAAUGGGUCUGAAAGAGGUCACGUAAAUAAAAUAAAUUAAAAUUAAAACAA